AAGCCGCCAAGGCCUGCCGUGCUGUUCCCAUCCCACACCAACAACGCAAACGCACCACCGCCGCGAGGCCCCCCCAUCGCUCCCGGUACACGAAAUCAAAGCCGCCGAAAACUAGUGCUGAUUUAAAUUCCCGCGACGACUCCGAGCACUCGCCAUCGCUUUCUGCUCCGCUCUGGUUGCGUUGCAUUGCGGGUGCGGCUGGAGUACUCGACGACGCCAUUAUUAACCAACCAUCUCCCCGGCGCCCUCCACCUUCCCUUCCCCACGCGCGAGACGGACACACCUCUCUCGCUCUGCACUGCACAGCAGCUGCUCUGUUACAGGGACCGACCGAUCCCCUCCUUGGCUGGCCCUGGCCAUGCAGCGGCGACCAGAGUUCAGCUUCCCGGGCUCGCCGGCGCGGGGGCUGCCGCCGCGGCCGCCGGCGAACCCGAUGGCGCCGCGGUACGGGGACGAGGAGGUCCGGUGGCUGCAGGCGUCGCCGCAGGCCUCGCCGGAGAUGGACUACAGCUCCGGCGGCUCGGGCACGCCGUCGCCGCAGCUGUGGGCGCACCACCACCAGCUCCACCGGCAGUACCCGGCGUCGGCGGGCAGCUCGCCGUCGCGGGCGCAGGCCAUCGCGGGGUACCGCCGCGAGAUGCUCGACCUCGUCCGCGGCCUCCCGGAGUCCGCCUACGAGCUCUCGCUCCGCGACAUCGUCGAGCACCCGUCGCCCCCGUCCCCUCCCCACGCCCCUACCAACCCUCUGCCGCCGCCUACCACCGCCGGACCACGCGCGAGUCGCGCCGUCCCCGUCCCGGCGCAGGAGAAGGGCGAGUCCGCCGGCGCCAGGAAGGACGCCGUCGCGGCGGCGGACGCCGAGGACGGCGGCGGUAGCAGGAAGCAGGGAGGCUCCAAGGGCAAGAAGCAGGGGAGGAAGCAGAGGACGAUGCGGAAGCAGCGGAGCCGGAGCCUGGACCGCAGCGUCAGCCUGGACACCGGCCUGCUCAUCAAGCUCUUCCUCCCGCUCUCCCUCGGCGGCAAGAAGAAGGUCUCGCCCAAGCCCGACGCCGCCAAGGACAGCAAGAAGAAGAAGAGGAAGGAGAAGAAGGAGGCGGCGGUGCAGGAGGAGGAGUGGUGGACCAAGAGCGAGUUCAGCGAGGCCGGGAACAGCAGCCGGACCAGCAGCAGCAACAGCAACAGCAGCGCCGCCAGCCUCAGGAAUGCCAAUGGCGCCGCCAAUCCGAGAGCGCCGGACAGGAGCUGGAGCAGGAAGCGGACCGGGUGCUACGCUUUCUUCAGGGCGAACAAGGGCAAGAAGAACGAAGCCAACCAGGACUAGAGCUAGUGAUGACGACACGGCCUCUCCAUGAAACACGGAAAGAAGAAGUGUUUCUCCGGUGAAACGUUGGUGGUGGUCGUAGCCAUCAGCAGCGGCGUCACGCAUGCAGCUAGCACAAGGAAGCUCGAGCAAGCAGCAGAUCUCCAUACUGCCGUACCGUACCCUAAAAUUGAUGCUGUUCAGUGCCUGGUUUCUGCACACGAGUAGUGGCGGCUCCGGCAUCGUCGUCGUCGUCGUCCUUUUCCUUUCUGUUCUGGCAUGUGAUCUUCAUGGUAUAAACAGAGAGGACAUGCCAUGUGUAGCGUACAAUAGUUUUGACUGGUUCGCACAGCUCGUACAGAAAUACUGUAUUGAUAUGGACGGCACGCCGGAGGCAGUGACACCAAUGGAUUAAUACUUGCAAUAUUUUCCUGACUCGGUCACAUUCUGCACUGCACUGUACUGAGAAGCUUCAGUUGCUACUGUACAAAUCUUUGUGAAUACUAGAAAACAGAGGUUGUGGAUA